AUGAGCAGCAGCGAGGGAGCGGCCGUGGCGACGGCCACGACCGGCGUAGUUAAGGAGGAGAGGAAGUCAGCAGUUGUGGAAGCGAGUGCGCGAUCCGGCGACAGGGAGGCCAAUGGGGCGAUCGGCGACGUCAACCGACCAGGCGACGUCAAGCGACCAGGCGACGACGCUGUGGCACCACUGGAUGACGACGUGGUGGAGCAGGCGAAAGAGAGCGACGAUCGCGAACCGACACCGCCUGAUACGGACGACGCAGUUGAAGAUGAUCCGAUAGUGCCCGACCCGUUAAUCACAACGGACAUGCUGGCGGAGCAGCGGCAGCUGGAAGCGGAGCGGAGGCAGCGGGAGGAGCAGCAGGACGCGGAGAGCGAGGAGCGCAUGAGGCGCGAGGGCGUGGAGUCGGCAGCUCUCACGAAGCUGGACGUGCUUCUGGAGAAGACGAAGCUGUUCUCGGAGUCGCUGCUGCAGCAGAUGGACGACAUCACUCUGCUGCCUGUCCCUACACCCCCGCCACAAGCAGACUCCAAGGGCGAGGGGGGAAAGAAGCGCAAGGGAGGCGGCACGGGCAAAGGGAGAGGGCGAAAAAAAAGCAAGACCGACGCGCCAGAGGAAACUCUUCAAGAGAAGAUCUCAGCCGCUCCUUCGGCAGCAAUCAACGGCAGCGGCGAUGCCGGCAGUGGCGCAGCAACCACCAAGGAGGAGGAAGAAGCCGCGUUGCUCCGAGAGCAGCGGGAAAUCGCACCGAACCUCACAGGAUGCACGCUCAAGUGGUAUCAGAUCAAGGGCGUGAAGUGGCUGAUUUCGCUCUGGCAGAACGGGCUGAACGGCAUCCUGGCGGAUCAGAUGGGGCUGGGGAAGACGGUGCAGACCAUCGCGUUUCUGGCGCAUCUCAUGAGCCAUGGGAUCUUCGGGCCGUUUCUUGUGGUGGCGCCGCUGUCGACGCUGUCUAACUGGGUCAACGAGGUCAAGAGGUUUGUGCCUACAGCGAAUGUGCUUCUAUACCACGGAAGCAAGGACGUGCGGACAGAGCUCCGGGAGAAGCACAUGCCCAAGCAGGUGCGGGAGGGCUUUCCGAUAAUAGUGACGUCGUUUGAGGUGGCCAUGUUUGACCGCCGCCAGCUGCAGCGCUACCACUGGAAGUACAUCGUUGUGGAUGAGGGCCACCGGCUGAAGAACAUGCACUGCAAAUUGAUUCGGGAGCUGCGGCAGCUGCCAGCGGAGAACACGCUGCUGCUGUCAGGCACGCCCCUGCAGAACAACCUGCAGGAGCUCUGGUCGCUGCUCAACUUCAUCCUCCCGGCCAUCUUCUCCGAUCUCCAUGAGUUCACCUCCUGGUUCGACUUGGCAGGGAGACAAAGUGGCGGAGUGGAUCAGAAGGUCUUUGACAACGAGAGGAGGUCACAGGUGGUGGCGAAGCUGCAUCAGAUCCUGCGUCCCUUCCUGCUGCGGCGGAUCAAGGCGGACGUGGAGCAGUCACUGCCCAAGAAGAAGGAAAUCGUGCUCUAUGCUCAGCUGACAGCACACCAGAGGGAGUUCCAGGACCAUCUAGUGCAGCGCACUCUCGCAGACUUUCUCAACUCCACCGUCGCCACCUCCAUGUCGCGGCAUCGACUCAACAAUGUGGUCAUGCAGCUGCGCAAGAACUGCAACCACCCGGACCUCCUCUCCUCGCAGUUCGACGGCUCCUACGUGUACCCGCCUGUAGAGGAGAUGGUGGCACAGUGCGGCAAGCUGAAGCUGCUGGACCGCCUGCUGCCCCAACUCAAGUCCAAAGGGCACAAGGUGCUCAUCUUCUCGCAGAUGACGCGUCUGCUGGACAUACUGGACUACUAUCUGGAGGAGCGCGGCCACCACCCCUUCCGCCUUGACGGAUCCGUCAAGCUCGACGACCGGCGGCAGCAGAUAGAGGAGUUCAACACGAGUCCAGAGGCGUUCAUAUUCCUGCUCAGCACGCGGGCAGGCGGGCUGGGAAUCAACCUCACAGCAGCUGACACCGUUAUCAUCUACGACUCAGACUGGAACCCCCACCAGGACAUGCAGGCCAUGGACCGCUGUCACCGCAUAGGGCAGACCCGCCCCGUGCACGUUUACCGCCUCGCCACUGCUCACUCCGUGGAGUGCCGGGUGCUGGAUGUGGCGCGGGGCAAGCUGAAGCUGGAGCAUCUGGUGAUUGAGAAGGGGCAGUUCCAGCAAGACAAGGCUGCUCCUGCCAAGACCAAGAUCGACUUCCAGCAAGAUAAGGCUGCGCCUGCCAAGACCAAGAUCGAUGAGUCAGAGGUGCUGUCACUGCUGCGCUCGCAGCGCUCGCAGCACGAUGAGCUGGUGCAGUCAGCAGAGGAGUCAGAGGUGCUGUCACUGCUGCGCUCGCAGCGCUCGCAGCAAGAUGAGCUGGCGCAGUCAGCAGAGAUUAACCCGUUCCACAAACACACUCUCACGAAAACGCCCUCUCCUUUCCCCACCAAACCCUGCCACCCCACGCGCAGGAAGGUGCUAUCACUGCUGCGUCCGGAGCGCUCGCAGCACGAUGAGCUGGUGCAGUCAGCAGAAAUCAGUGAUGAGAACUUGGACCUCCUGCUGGAUCGCACCGACCUGCUCCACUCUCCACCCAACCCUCCUCCUCCUCCUGCUGCUGCUGCUGCUCCUGCUGCUGCUGAUGGGAAUUCGAAGGCGAGUGGUGAAGGGUCGGGCAGAGGGGGAGAGAAGGCGCCUCGUGUGGUGCGGUCGCUGCCAGUGGCCGGGCCUGGAUGGGAGGUGGUGGUUGCGGGCACAGCACCAAGCAGUGUCCUUUCCUCCAUUGGCUGA